AUGGAAUCUUUGGAAGCUGAUCUCGAAGCUCUUAAGGAAGACAAUAGGGGUACAAAAGAAAUGUUACAACAACUCACUCAACAACUAGCAACCUUGAUGACACGCGAACCACAUGAACCUCCACUGGAGCGGUCUCAGAGACAACCAGAACAACACCCACUUCAAAAUCCGGAGCAGAGGGAGGGCAAUUACAAGCCCAACAGCCGGACUGACCUUCCAAAUUUCACUAACGAUAGUCCAGAUGAAUGGUUACGACGGGCUGAGAGGUAUUUUCGUAUUAACCAAACACCAGAACACGAUUGUUUAGAAACAAUAAUGCUGAGCAUGGAGGGUGAUGCCCUGGAUUGGUAUCUAUGGAUGGAAGAUCGUUUUUCAUUCCGUGACUGGUAUGACUUUAAAAUCCAACUUUGUGGUCGAUUUAGUUCAUCAAUAGCUAACAACACGUAUCAUAAACUUUUGAACCUAAAACAAGAGAGUUCCAUAUUGGAAUGUAGGGCAGAGUUUGAAUGACUCUCAAUCUAUCUUCUGAACAUACCAAUAGAAAAACUGGAGCAUAAAUAUCUAAAAGGACUCAAGCCUGAGAUCCAAUCAGAAUUAUCUAUGUCCAGGCCUAUUGGGUCAUGUGAAAUUAUGGAUACUUCAAUACAGGCUGAAGCUCAUAUUCGUACUCUAUGGCAAGCAUGGAAGAAGGAACAACCACGACCACCCAAACAUGUCAUAGCUGCUUAUACUUCGCACCAACAAAGGCUUCAUCUGAUAUCUAAUUUCAGAAAUGAGCAAUCUAAUUCGGAGAAAACCCAAGUGACCACAGCUAGUGCCUCAAAUAAGGAUGGGAUGUCCACAUAUUCUCCACGAAAUAUGAGCAAUAACAAGGAAAAUAGAAGACAGAUAUAAUUGACAGAAACUAAACUAUAAGGAAGACGGAACAAAGGAUUAUGUUCCUAUUCUAAUGACAGGUUUGGACCAGGCCACAAAUGCAGGCGGGCCCUUAAUAUACUCAUUGUUCAAGAGGAGGAGAAGUCCCAAGAAGACUUCCAAGAGGAAGAUUGGGCUCCACUAGAGCAUUGCUCACAAGAGGAAGGUACUCUAUUCACAACCUAUGUCUCAUUAAACUCUAUCAUGAGAUUGACUCAGCAGCAUAAGACUAUGAAGGUAAAAGGCAUCAUGCAUAAUCAACAGGUAACUAUUUUUAUAGAUAUUGGUGCUACCCACAAUUUCAUAUGCAGUAAGCUGUAGGAAGAGCUAUCUUUACCUGUCAGCGAAUUCCACAACUAUGGUAUUGUGAUGGGCAAUGAGCAUACUGUGCAAGGUCAUAGAAUAUGCCAUAACAUUCCACUCAAAAUCCAAGAUCUCUUCAUUAUUCAAGAUUUUCUUCCCUUGGAUUUGAGUAGCACAGAUGUCAUACUAGGAAUGCAGUGGCUUAAAACACGGGUGGAUACAUUCACAUUGUGGGCAAUUAAUAUCAUGAAAUUUAUGCUCAACAACACGAUCUACACCAUUCGUGGGGAUGCAAGUUUAAACAAAACAACAAUAUCUUUCAAAGUAGUAGAACGUGAAUUAAAAAGAAGCCACAUAUGUGCAGUAGAAUUACACCAACUGUCAUAAAGAAAAAAACAUGAUGAACAUGAUGAACAUUUGGAUAAUGUCUUCCUUAAUUCUUGCAGCUAAUAGCCUUUAUGUCAAUGAAAAAAAAUGUAAAUUCAAGUAAUCUCAAUUUGAAUACCUCGGCCAUUGGAUUUCUGCAGGAGUAUCUACAUAUCAAGAAAAAAAUUCAGCAAUAUGGGACUGGCCUACUCUUAAGAAUUUGAAAGCAUUACAAGGUUCUUAAGACUAACUGGCUAUUAUCGCCGAUUUGUCAAAUGUUAUACUACUUUAUCAUAGCCUCUGACUGGAUUGCUCAAGAAAAAUUAUUUUCAUUGGGACUCUGAUGCUCAAGAAGCUUUCCAUAAACUAAAGGUGGCGAUGAUUUUCACACUAGUUUUGGCCCUGCCUAAUUUCUCUCAGAAAUUCGUAGUUGAAACAGAUGCUUCAGGGCAUAGCAUAGGUGCAAUAUUGAUGCAGGAAGGACGACCAGUAACUUAUUUCAGCCAUGGUUUCAAGGAACAGUCUCGUCUAAAGUCCACCUUCCACCUAUGAGAGAGAACUCAUUGCCAUUGUGAUGGCAGUAAAGAAAUGAAGGCAUUAUCUCAUGCUCCACCCUUUCAUCAUUCGGACAAACCAAUAUAGUUUGAAAUUCCUAUUCGGCCAAAAGGAGAUUCACUCAGAAUAUCACAAAUGGAUCACUAAACUAAUGGGAUUUAAUUUUCAGAUACAAUACAAGGAAGGCAAGAAGAAUGAAACUGCAGAUGCACUAUCUAGAGCACCACAAUUGAGCAAGGUAGUGGUGGCACCCAUGUGCACUGCACAAGGAGUGGAUGUAACCACAAUCAACAAAGAACUGGUGCUUUACAAAGACACACUCAUAGAAGGCUCAACUUCUUUCCCACAUUACUCAAUUCAACAAAGAUCACUUCUCUACAAAGACAGGUGGGUGUUACCCCUCACAUCUACUCUUCUCUCCACAUUACUACGUGAAUUUCAUGACAGCCCAUUGGGGGGUCAUGUUGGCUUUUAAAAACCUACUGACGAAUUGCCCAGCAUGUAUAUUGGGCUGGCUUGAAGAAAAGGAUCAAACAACAUAUUAAUGAAUGCACUAUCUACCAAUUGAAUAAGGUUUCAACCUUGUCACCAAUAGGACUUUUGCAGCCUCUGCCUAUUCCGAAUAUGAUAUGGGAAGUCCUCUCCAUGGAUUUCACACAGGACCAACCUAAAUCUAAAGGCUAUGACUCCAUUCUCGUUAUAGUGGACAGACAGCAAAUUUGGUCACUUUAUACCCCUCAGACAUUCAUUCACAGCCAAAGACAUUACUCAAAUCUUUGCAAAGAAAGUCAUCAAGCUGCGUGGCAUUCCAAGAUCUAUUGUGACUGACAGAGGGACUGUAUUUACCAGUGCUUUUAGGAAAGCACUCAACAAACUUCAAGGCACAGAAUUGAAAAUGAGUUCUUCUUAUCACUCACAAACAGAUGGGCAAACAGAGAUGGUGAACCGAAGCUUAGAGAAUUAUCUCGGAUGCUUUACUUAUGAUAAACCUAAGUUAUGGAGUGACUGGUUACAUUGGGCGGAACUUAGUUACAACACUUCUCAUCAUUCUACCAUCAAGAUGACCCCUUUUAAAGCAGUGUAUGGACGGGACCCUCCCACACUUACACGUUAUGGAUCUCCUAUGUCACUAAUUGAUGUAGUCGACACUUAUCUAAAAGAAAGGGAUGAUACACUUCAACUUCUCAAGGAACAUCUCUUGGCCACACAGUACAAGAUGAAAGCAUAAGCUGACAAACAUCGAAGAGACAGAGUUUCAAGUGAGAGAUUUGGUUGAUAUCAGGCUCCGACCUUAUUGUAUGAAAUAGCCAAGAAAGCUAAUGAAAAAUUGAGUCCGAGAUUUUCCCGCCCUUACCUUAUCCAAGAGUGCAUUGGCCAAGUGGCAUACAAACUGGAACUUCUCAACUCCAUAACUAUUCACCCAAUUUUUCACAUUUCUCAACUUUGCAAUGCACUAGGGAAUUCUAUUUACUGUCAACCCAUUCUAGACAUACUAAUUGAUGCUUUGGAAUGGAAUGUGACCCCCCAAGAUCUCCUAGCCAUUCGGAAUUCCUCUUUUGACAAGAAGUCUUGGUCAAAUGGGCUGAUCUCCCUAAUUUUGAAGCUACGUGGGAACUAACUUCAUCCCUCCACCAACAAUUUCCAAACUUCCACCUUGAGGAUAAGGUGAAGCUCAUGGGAGGGAGUAUUGAUAAGGCUCCACGCACAUAUGCUAGAAGGAAGAAGGCCCAAAGCCCAAUAAGUCAAUAA